AUGGCCCCGAACGAAGUCAGGGACAAAUGGGUGCGUUACAAACGGCAAUUUGAAUAUUUGGCACUAGCCAAUAAUGUAACCAACAAAACCCGUUUGAAAAAUAUUUUUUUGGCUAGAGCAGGGCCAGACGUCCAAGAAAUAUUUGCUAGCAUUCCUGGAGCAGACGUCGAGGAAGCUAGAGGAAUAGAUGCGUUUAAAGUGGCAAUCGAAAAAUUGGACGAGUAUUUCGCUCCUAAGCAGCAUGAAGCGUACAAACGGUUCCUAUUCUGGUCAGAAAAACCAACCGAUAUGAACGGACCGAUGGAUAAGUUUCUUUUGAAAUGUAUGGAAUUAGCCAGCAGCUGUAAUUUCGGGGGAAACAAACAGGAAAGCUACGAAAUAAGUAUUAUUGACAAAAUAGUCCAGUUGGCCCCAUUAGAACUUCGCGAAAAACUUCUUCAGAAAGAAGUUCUUACCCUGGACGAUGUUAUGAGAAUGGUAAACAGUUACCAAUCAGUAAAAUUCCAAGCAAAUCAAAUGUCGACCUCCAGUGAACCAUCGGGUUCGAUUGAAGUGAACAGAAUCGAGAACAAUAAUGCAACUCCCAAAUACGGUUGUUCCAGAUGUGGUGAACGUGGGCAUAAAGGGGACGACAGUGAAUGUCCCGCUUUACAUGAGUACUGCAGGAAAUGUAACCGGAAAGGACAUUAUGCUAGAUGUUGCCGGUCACAACAAAAUUACACACGUCGUGUGACGCGUCCUCCACCUAAACGUGGCCAUGGAUCUAGUGGUGGUCUUGCGGGCAGCCCAAAACGAUCGAGAUAUCAGUCGGUUAGGAAUAUCGAAUUGAACGAUCCAGGUAAUUAUACUAGUUUUGUGUUCAAUAUCGGAGACGGGGAUGAGCUUCUCUGGGUGACGGUUGGCGGCAUACUCAUUCAGGUUCUUAUUGACUCCGGGUCUGAAAAGAAUAUAAUAGAUGAUGUGACAUGGCAAAAAAUGGAAGCUAGUGGUGUUGAAGUUAAAGCUCGUAGAUUACAGUCAAAUCAGAAAUUUAAAGGAUACGGAAAGUCAUCACAGCCCUUGCUGGUUAAAGAAUUUUUUGAAGCAACCAUCGCUAUCGAAACUCCGGAUAAACGUAUUGAAAAAGAAGCCACCUUUUACGUGAUCCAAGGGGGUUCACAGUGUCUAUUAGGUCGUGUCACCGCGAAAGAAUUAGGUGUUUUAGUCUUGGGUCUACCUAGCACUCAACCAAUGGAGAUUUUCAAUCUACAGAUUUCUAGAAAACAACCGUUUCCUAAAUUUAAAGGAAUCCAACUCGAUAUUUCAAUUGAUAAGUCUAUUACUCCGGUUGUUCAGCAUGCACGCCGCCCGCCUGUUGCUCUUCUCCAAAAGAUAGAGCACAAAUUAGAAUCUUUACUUGUUGCAGACAUAAUAGAGCCAGUAAAUGAGUACAGUGAAUGGGUCUCUCCUUUAGUUGUCAUUGUUAAAGACAACGGGGAACUCAGGUUGUGCGUUGACAUGAGAAGAGCAAAUCAGGCAAUCAAACGAGAAGCCUACAUGAUGCCAACUUUCGAAGACUUCCUGCCGAAACUGAAAGAAGCUCGUGUAUUCAGUAGAUUGGACAUAAAAGAUGCGUUCCAUCAAAUAGAGCUCAAAGAAUCCUGCAGAUAUAUAACCACUUUUAUAACACACAAAGGGGUUUUCCGAUACAAGCGACUUAUGUUCGGCAUUUCAUGCGCCCCAGAGAUGUUCCAAAUGAUUAUUGAACAGAGUUUAUCAGACUGCGAGAAUACUGUCAACUUUGUUGAUGAUAUUUUGGUUUUUGGCGAAACAGAGAUUGAACACAACCGGGAAUUGGAAAAAGUAUUAGCAAUAUUGAAGGCUAAAAAUGUUCUGCUGAAUUUUGAUAAAUGUGUUUUUAGAACUAAAGAAGUAACAUUUUUGGGCCAUCACAUUUCAGCAAAGGGCAUCAAACCGACAAAUGAUAAAAUAGCAACAUUAAAAACUUUCAGAUCACCUGAAACAGUUGAAGAGCUUCAAAGCUAUCUCGGAUUAGUCACCUACAUAGGGAGAUUUUUACCAGAUCUGGCAACGGUUACUGCUCCACUCCGAGCAUUAACGCAUACAGGAACUCCGUUCGUUUGGGAGGAUGUACAGGAAAAAGCAUUCAACAAGUUAAAGGAAAUGAUAUCUGAUAUUAAAACAUUAAAAUGUUUUGAUAACUCUCUACGUACCCGUUUGAUCGUCGAUGCUUCACCCGUGGGACUAGGUGCGGUACUGGUCCAGUUUAAGGAUCCAAAAGAUGAUUGCAACCCUCGCAUUAUUUCAUAUGCUAGUAAAAGUCUCAGCCCAACAGAAAAAAGGUAUUGCCAAACUGAAAAGGAGGCGCUGGCAAUAGUUUGGGCGGUAGAACGCUUCUCGGUGUAUCUCCUAGGGAGAAAGUUCGAGUUAGAAACUGACCAUAAGCCGUUAGAAGCCAUAUUUUCAACCACAUCUCGACCCUGUGCUCGAAUAGAGCGCUGGAUAUUACGGCUACAAGCUUACUCCUAUGUAGUUCGUUAUAGAAAAGGCUCAACCAAUAUUGCCGACCCACUCUCGCGGCUUUCUAAAGUGAUUGACGAAAAAGAUUUCGAUGGUGAUAACGAAUUUUUAAUUUUGGCUGUUAUGGAAUCUGCAGCUAUUGAUACCAGUGAGCUUGAAAAAGCUUCACAGGAAGAUGAAGAGCUUAAACUCGUUCGUGAAAGCAUCCAAACUGGUAAAUGGGGAUUACAAUCAGUUAAACCGUAUGAAACGUUUCGAACAGAACUUGGCUUCGUAGGAGAUUUGUUAGUACGUGGUAGUAAAUUAAUUGUACCCCAAAUACUACGAGCUAGAAUGCUUGCCUUAGCUCAUGAAGGCCAUCCGGGUGAAACUGUAAUGAAACGUCGCUUAAGAGAUCGCGUUUGGUGGCCUGGAAUGGAUCGUGAGAUUGUCAAGCACGUGACUUCUUGUGAAGGAUGCAGGUUAGUAACUCUUCCUGAAAAACCAGAACCAAUGCAUCGUAGGCAGAUGCCAUUAAAAGCAUGGGUUGAUGUAGCAUUGGAUUUCCUAGGUCUAUUACCUUCUGGGGAGUACCUUUUAGUUAUUGUAGAUUACUACAGUAGGUACAAAGAGAUUGAAGUAAAGUCACAAAUAACCGCUAAGGAAACCACAAUUCGACUCCAUAAGAUUUUCACCAGGCUAGGGUUUCCUGUCACAAUUACACUAGACAAUGCAAGGCAGUUCGUUAGUCAAACGUUUGACGAUUACUGCACGAACCAUGGUAUUCAUCUUAAUCAUUCAACACCCUACUGGCCUCAGGAAAACGGGUUGGUUGAAAGGCAGAAUCGUUCGCUGCUGAAACGCCUUCAAAUCAGUCAUGCCAUGGGAAGAAACUGGAAAGAAGAUUUAUACGACUAUCUCAUGAUGUAUUAUACCACGCCUCAUUCAGUGACAGGUAAAACCCCCACGGAAUUAUGUUUUGGUAGAACGAUUCGAUCCAAAAUUCCUUCACUAACUGACGUUUCGUAUCAACCAACUGAUGAUGAUGUACGCGAAGCAGAUCAAAUUUCCAAGCAAAAAGGAAAAGAAAGGGAAGAUGAGAAACGAGGUGCUAAGUUCUCGAGUUUACAAUCUGGAGAUACGGUGUUAAUGAAAAAUUUACUGCCAGGAAACAAACUCACACCAGCAUUUGACCGUCAGGAGUAUACCGUAGUACAGAAACGAGGGCCUAGGGUCACUAUCCGUAACAAAGACACUGGUAAAGUUUACGAACGUAAUGUUACACAUGUGAAACGUGUACCUGAUAGCGAAGCAUUAACAGAUGCAUCUAAAUCAUCGGAAGCACCAACUACAGAAGACCCACCCCGUCUCAUGAGUAAUCAAGAAGCUAUUUUAACCCCUGAUAAUUCCAGGUCACGGCGAGAUAUAAAAUUACCGAGCAGAUAUGAUGAUUAUAUAAUCGACGUCUAA